UCCCAUGAAUUUGGCCCACAGGCCUUUAGGUAGACACCCAAAAUCGGCAGCUUCAGGACUGAUGGAAAGUUGCUGCCAGACGCUUUCUGACAGAUUUUUAGGUAAAAUGAGACACAAAUUGAGCUGUUUGAACAAGAAGUAUGUCUACAGGAGUUAUGGUGGGGCUUUCAAAGCUCAGAAUUAAACAGCAUGGUGGUGGCUGCAUCAUACUGAGUCUUUCCCUGGUGCUUCUGCGUUGGUUUAAAUCCAGCUGCUGGGCGUUUCAGUCAUCACACAUCCAGAGAUUAGUCACCACCUGCAUUUAAAAUCAGCAGUAAAGGGAAGUGAAGGACACAGACAUGACCACAGUUCACUAGUAACCCACUUGUGUUUGUGAAAUAUAAAAAAAGAAGACAGAAAGCAGAACAAGAAGUUUCCCGGCAUCGCCUGUCAAUGCUGCUCCAGCUGGGAAAGUUGAUCAAAAUCCCCGAUUUGCUCCCUCUCGUUUUCUGAGGAAACAUGUCAGGUUGUUGUCAACCGUCCCCGCACUUUCCCUGCGAAAUCCAGCAGGAAUGCGUGACCUCAUCGCUCAUGCAGCAGCUGGCUGACUGCAGACUGGUGUGACAGCCUGCUCCAGACUGCUGCAAAGAUUCCCCAGCAACACCAGGGCCUGGCUGCUCCCUCUGCGGAUGCAGGUCAGGCGGGGAGGAGGAGGAGCAGGAGGAGGAAGGUAGAUGACCAAAGUCACUUUCACGCACAAGUCGCAUCACGCCAUCGGAAUCUCCUGCAGCUGCGCAGACCCUCCGCAGUCAACUCCAGCGCCACGCCAGGGUUUUCCGGACGAUCUGCACGGAUUUGCGCGACUUAUUUAUUUAAUUUGCUCCUUAUAUAAUCCGCAUCGAGUCAAAACAUAGAGAGAGAGAAGCGAUCGGAUCCUGUUCGGGCACCCAUGCCUAAGUCUUGUUGACGGAGCUCAAUCGGCGGCGCUGACCCACGGCAAGGUGGGCGUCUCACUCACAGAGGACAGACCAGGGUGACCACAUCGUCUUCCUCAGCCCUUCAUCCCUUCAUCUAGUCUGACAUGGCAGACCCCAGCAUCACGUCUCCCUCCGGAACGCCCCUGCGCUCCCCCAACGCCCCGCUCACUCUCUCCUUCCCGUUCCCGCGGGAGGGGAACAGGGUGUGGCAUGAAGGGAGGGAGCCCCCGCUUCCCCGCGACCUGCCCAGCCCGCUGCCGACCAAACGAAACCGCACCUACUCAGCUACGGUCCGCGCUCACUCGGGUCCAGUUUUCAAGGGCACAUGCAAGAACUUCUCCAGAUCACAAGGCCACGGCUUCAUCCAGCCGUCGCAUGGCGGAGAAGACAUCUUUGUUCACAUCUCAGACAUCGAGGGCGAGUACGUCCCCGUCGAGGGAGACGAGGUCACGUACAAGGUGUGCCGAGUUCCCCCUAAGAACAUUAAGGUGCAGGCGGUGGAGGUGAAGAUCAUCCACCUCAACCCGGGGACGAAACACGAGACCUGGUCCGGACAGAUCAUCAGCUCGUAGUCGCCGAGAUCCGCUGCCGGAGGACGGCAACCCUCCGGCUCGUGUCAGCGGGGACGGUGGCGGUGCUCCUGGACUUUUUGCUUCGUUUAAAAAAAAAAACAAAAAAAAACAGCAACCUCUUUUAGAAAUAUAUGUUCCUCUACUCUGUCUGUCAGAGCUGAUAAUGAAAUCGUUACUGUUGCAGGCAAGUGAUAGAUUCUGUUCAAGCUGUUCCAACAAAUCCUCUUUGUGUUAUUUAUGUUCAAAUUGAAGUGGGGACCAUAAAUUAACCACACUUACAAGUGCGAGGAGUUUUUUUGUUUGUUUUUGGGUUAGUUUGUUCACAGUUAGUUUAAAAAAAAAUAGAAAAAGAAAUACUGGGAACAUUAAUCAUGUCCAUGGUGCAGACUGCAGUGUGUGUGCAUGUGUGUGUGUGUGUGUGUGAGGAGACGAUGUGUUUUCAGUUUUACUUCCCCUCUUUGCAGCUGUUUCUCUGCUGCAUCAAAGUUUCCAGAGUCACAUGUUUGCUGCAGGGGUUUGUCGUGGGAUUUAUCCCACCCAGUCUGCACUGUUGCUACGUCAGAUGUACAAAUUUAAAAUGGAUAUAUUAAACUCAGAGAACAGCUGAUGCAAAAGGAAGCGAUGGCAACAUUCAGGAAUAAGAAUGGUUAGUCCUGGAGUACCAGGGAAGCUGUGAGGCUUUUUACAUCUCCUCCCAUGAUGAGAUGUCUCAUAUCUCCUUCCUGGUUUCACAUCAUCAUUAUAAAAAACCCCCAACAAAAUAUCAUGUGACAGAUGCAGGAAGGGUCAUUUGACCUUGAGCAGACAAACUACUGGCUUUUUAUAAACAGUUAAAGAAACAUUUCCAAGUCAGUGGUGGUUCCUUUAUAUACAUAUGAAUCUGAAAUUAGGUUAAGGACAGUAAAGGAAACAAGAUGUUAAGAGAAAAGACAUUUUUAGCUAUAUUUUUGAGAAGGAAAAAAGGACUUUUUCAAAAUAAAGUAAAAGUUUAAAAAUUCUCAAGUAAUCCCAGAUCAGUGAUGACUUAUCCAGGUUGAGCUAAAUAUUUUAGAUUUUGAACAAGCUGUCAAAAGAUGUUGUAAUUGUCCUUUAGUUUAGUGCAGAAUAGGUCAUUGUAAUGUUUUUCUUUUACAUUUCACAAUGCAAAUGGGACAACCAAGUAAGCAACAGAAAACUAUUUAGCAGCAGAAAUGUCAACGAUAUUUUUAUUAAUUUAUUUGUUUUUGAGUACCUGGGCUGCCCCCUGAUGGAGUGGCGGCAAGGGCAGAGAGCCAUAUUGUCCAUAUAAAAAGCCGCCACUAGUUCAAAUAAAAACUGCACACAUUCCCAUAAAAGCAGAUCUACUUCAUUGUUCUCUCUGCGUGGAUAUUUGUGUAUGAAUUAAUAUAUUUUGUCGUCAGAUUAUGACACGCUUUGCAUUUUGCUGAGUAUGAAAGCUACUCGACCUGCCAGUUUGCAUCAGAUAUAUCAUCACAGCUGUGGGUUUUACUGCCAGUGAGUGAAAAUCGUGUGCUUGGGGAAACGUGGUGGCCUGCCUCACCGUGUCAUGUGUUAAAGGAUCUCAGCAUAUCGUAGCUACCCAGGUUAAAUGGGACACUGCACCUCAUUUUCUACUACUGCAAGUUUCCCGCCGUCACGUGUGUCCGUGUCUUUGCCUGAAAAGGUGCUUUUAUCACUUCAACUGAGCCUUGAAAAAACAUUAAAGUGUGAUUUAUGAUUUGAA